ACCAGCACGAGACAAGUACAAGAUGGCGACCAUGCGGCGGGUGACGGUGGUUGUCAGUUGUCCGUUGGCAGUAGCCAUGAAGGGGCUGUUGUCGUGUCGCGAGCCGUGUUCUGUGAUGGUGAUCACACUGUGUAGUUGGUGAUGAUGGUUAGCCUAGCCCGUCUCAAGAGAUUGGUCCAGGGCCUAACGCUGGUGGCUGUGGCAGCCUACUCCACUCUCCUGCUGUACCAGAGCGUGUCCACUGCACCCUCAGGCUCGUCACUACUACAGCCGCGGCAACAGGUAUCUGGGUGGCAGGAGAGGGCCCCGCGGUCCGUGUCCAGGGACUAUGACGCCGCCAAUCUGGUCAUCCCUGGGACAGGUCGCAAGAAUCGAGGCACCAAAGUUACGAGCAGAGGCGUCGCUCAGAGCAAGUACAACGGCUUCGUACUCGCGACUGGGACCAGCAGACCCGUGGGGACUCAGUUGACUGACCUGUUUAUAAGCGUGAAGACGACUCAUAAUUACCACAAGUGGAGACUUCCGGUCAUUCUGAAGACGUGGUUCCAGCUCGCGAAGGACCAGACGUGGUUCUUCACGGAUUCCAACGACUCGGAGUAUCAGGAAAAGACAAAUGGUCACAUGAUCAACACCAACUGCUCGUCUUCACACAACAGGAAGGCGCUGUGUUGCAAGAUGUCGGUGGAAUUCGACGUUUUUCUAGAAAGCAACAGGAAGUGGUUCUGUCACUUCGACGAUGACAAUUACGUGAAUGUCCCUCGACUGGUGAAGCUGUUGGCAGACUACAGCCCGCAGGAGGACUGGUAUUUGGGUAAACCCAGCAUCCGUGCUCCACUGGAGAUUCUGAACAAGGACAAAUCUGCGCAAAAGAUUUCUUUCUGGUUCGCGACUGGGGGCGCUGGUUUCUGUCUCAGUCGGUCGCUGGCGCUCAAGAUGAUCCCUGUAGCCAGUGGCGGAAAAUUCAUUAGCAUCGGGGAAAAGAUUCGACUCCCAGACGACGUCACAAUGGGCUACAUCAUCGAGCAUCUGCUCAAGAAACCACUGACAGUCAUUGAUCAAUUUCACUCUCAUCUUGAGCCAAUGAAGUUCUUGCGACAGGAUUCAUUCCAUGACCAAAUCACAUUCAGCUACUCGCGCUACAGUAGGGAUGAGAUGAAUGUGGUCAAGAUAGAUGGGUUCAACAGGCGGAUUGACCCUACGAGGUUCCUCUCCGUCCACUGCUUCCUCUUCUCGUACUUCAGUUUCUGCCCGAGGUGAGGCCAAGUCUGCUGGCCAGCUGACUUACGCCGUGUCAUGCGAUCUCGAAACAUGAAAUAUAAUGUGACGGAGCCUCCUGGAAAGUAGCAGGUGGUGUCAGUUUACCAUCUCAGCAAGUCAGUGGUUGCUAAGCAGUUCUUGCCCGAGCGUGUUGACACCAUCACAAGAAAAUUAUGAACUAAAUAAUAAUAAAGGACGGGACAGGUAACUCGAACGGAUGCCAUUUCACGUAACAUCGUAAAUGAAGUUAUGGGGAGAGAGAACUGGAACCUAUAAAAAGAAAAAUGCAAAUAUCUGAAAAAGAGACCUUGGAAUGGUCAAUUUUAGUGCCCCAUAUCCAUUUUAAUUGGGUGUAAUAAAACCAUGUUUCUUGCAAGAGCAGAAAUGUUACUCGAACUGAGCGCCAUUUUGCAGCUCUGGCAGAGAGUUGCAGACAGAACUGCCUUGGACGUUGCAAUAAACAAAAUGAAAUACAUUUACGGAAAACAAUUGCCUCAGACUUUUAGGAAUGGUAAUACAGAUAAAGUAAUUAUCAGCCAUAUUUAUUAACCUUCAUUCUUGAAGAUAUCUAAAGAGAAUAUUAUUCGGCGUAUCGUUUGACUCAGGUGUGCUGCCAAUUUGUUAACGACGGGCUUGUAAAACGAAGCGAUCUUUUCUUCUUCGGCGUUUGAAAGAGAUGCAGUUGUGGAUAUUUUCUACUGGUGUACAAUAUAUUUUUUGUGCCGAUAACAAAGGGCUCGAGUAAUUUGCCAAAGCUUGUGUGAACCCUUCUAACGCCCUCGCAGCACACCCCUGAUUAAAAUUGUUUUUUUAAUAUUUGUUUACUAGUCUCCUAAAAUGUCAAAGACGUCGUGACAAAGAAAUGGCAAAACUUUAAUGAAUGGUCUCAUACAGUGCAUUAGUGAAAGAAGUGUUCUGAUCUCCGACACAAAAGGUUAUAAUAUUUUAUCUUUAUAAAUGUUAUUAAAUAUUAUCUGGCCUUAAAACGCUACGCAUUUCUUUAUACCAUUGUCAAGUAAACUUGCAUAAAUUACUUCCCGAAGUGCAAUACGAAUGAAAUGCUCUGUGCUUUAAGAGGUGAAGUGUGUUUACAUUUCGAGAUGAUUUUAGUUAAAAAUCUCGGAAUUAUAAAUAAACAUUACCAUCAUGCAAUGCUCAAAGCACAAAAAUAAAUGAAUUUUUUAUACUGUGAAAAAAAUAUUAAUAUAUAUAAAUGUUAAAUAUAUUUGUAAAUAUUAUAUACAA